UGUGUGUGUGUGUGUGUAUAUGUAUGUAUGCAUGCAUGCACGUAUGUAUGUAUGCACAUAUAUCGAAGAAAAUGCGACUUCGUAUUAUUUUCCCUCUUUUUUCUUCAUUUAAAUAUUCAAACAGUAAAAAAAAAAGGUCCUUUUCAAAACUGAUGUGCAGAAGAAUUGCAAAUGUCUUCGUCGGGGCUCCAAGGCUAACCGAAAUACUCAGCAGUAGUCGGCAUUAUUCGGCGUUCUUCGCCAACUUCCCAUUACCUGUAUUGAUGAAUAGUUUUGUAUUUAAAUCAUAUAUUUUCAGAUAUGGAAAAAUGGUCAAUUGAAUAAAACCAAUAUAUUGCCGCAAAACAUGUGGUUUGAUGAAGCUUCAGCGUAUCUAAUGUGGAGUGCAAGCUUGGUCAUCGGCAGAGGAAAGUGGCAGACAAUUUAUCAUAGAUAUCGUAAGAUCUUUACUAAGCAAGAACGCAAAUGUUGGUUUUCGUUAAAAAAAGCUUCUUCCCCCCACUAUCACCACCACCACCACCACCACAACCCCAUUAUUUCUCAUUCGUUUAAUUUUGAAAAUCACAAAUUGCUGAACGGUGCCUAUUGUCUGCCGGAGAAUUGUGGAUUCUGUGUCGGGAAAUGGCUGCCUAAAGUAGAAACGAAGAGCAGAACUAAUUUUGAUUGAUGAAUUAAUUGAUUUCACGUGAGAACAAUUUCAAAAAAAUAAUUAGAGCAAAGUUUAAAAUAAAAUGACUGCUGCUGUUGUUGUUGUUGUUGUUGUUGUAGUUGUUGUUGCUGCUGUUGUUGUUGUUGUUGCCGUUGUUGUUGCUGUGGUUGUUUUAACCGCAGGACAAACCUGCGAAGAGCAACGAUCAGACACAUCCAACAAUAUAAUCGUCCCAUCUUCUUGUAGACAUUUUUCGAUGGAACGUGCAUAAUCAAAUGAAUCUUUCCUCUUUUUUUUUCAUUUUUAAGAUGUU